AUGUGUGCUAUCUAUCAUUCAGCACCAGCCAUUCGGGCUCAGGCACGUCGAACGAAACGGAACUGUGGAUGCUCCUCAUUCUGCAACUGCUUGAAACCCAUUCAGGCGUUUUCCAACUUCCAACCAAGUUGCUCAUGCCAACAAGCUCCCACGUGCUUGCCCCAGUGCACACGAUCUGAGUUGAGAUCGGAUUGUGCAGCAACAUGCUCCCGUGCAUGCAUCCCGUCGUGUACCGAACGUACUGGCGAUCAGUUGCAGUGCGCCCAGAAAUGUGAUGGCACCUGCCAAGCCACUUGCCGAUUAGCUGCAAACCACGCUUCUCAGCAGAGUUGCGAGCGGAACUGCCAUACUGUAUGUGUGAGCGCCUGCACGGCAAAAGCGGCGCUGCCGUCUGUUUGCGACCAAACGUGCAGCAAUGCGUGCCGAUUCGGCUGUCAGGACUCUACCCCUGGGACGGCAGUGGCAGCCGCUGAACCCAUCCGAAUCAUCAUCGACGUUACCGAUAGUUUCUACGCGGACAACUGUGAUCAGAAAUGUGGCCAGACCUGCCAUUCACAGUGUAUUUCGCAGGGUAACACCGCUACGGGCUGUGCGUCGUCUUGUGGACAGCAAUGUGCCUCGUCGUGCGCAGCCCGCCCUGCUCAGGUAGAUCAACUUGCACCAGCACCAAACCCUUGUGUUCAGCGUUGUAACACUGACUGCCAGCGUGAUUGUGGCAUCAACCAACCGCUUUGCUCCACCACUUGUGAUAUCGCUUGUCGUCUGCGCUGUUUAGAGGACGUGUCUUCAUCGAAUGAACUCAUUCAGAACUCGAACGUGAUCUCAGAACCGCUUCAAUGUAUUCGGCCAUGUAUGCCAGCUUGUCUGCCCUCAUGCACUAACUCAGUAACACCUGCACCUGUCGAACCAACGCUUUUGCCACCUGUCACAUAUCCACCACCUUUGGCUACCGCAUCAACUCCAGCUCUCAGCGCCACCACAACUAGCACCGCUGCACCUGUACAGAUCAACAUUAACCUCGUUGUGUGUCCAGUGUCUUGCCAACCAGCCUGUGAUACGGCUUGUAUUCAGGCUCAACAGCAGCAGCAACAGCCACAACAAGCUGCACCAAUCGUUCAGUGUAUUCCUGUCUGUCAACCGCAAUGUCUGGAGAGUUGUAUUGCCGCCCAACGACCUACGAUGGCACCUCAAUCCACAAUGCUUGGAGUCAUGCAUAAGGGCGCAAAUAACGGUACCAAAGACUGUAUUGCUGCUUGUCAACCGGCUUGUGAACCCAGCUGUAUAAAUUCCGCUAAUGCACAGCCUGCAUAUCUUUCUUCCUCCUCUGCUCAGCCUUCUCCUAGCAGCACACUAUCGCUUCAAAUCGCUUUUCAACCAGAACCAGCUUCAGCUUCAGUUCAAUGUAUUCCAGCUUGUAUGCCGACUUGUGAGCCAUCAUGCACUGCCCAAUCAUCGCUUCCAGCUGCACCGCAAUGCAUCGCGGCCUGCCAACCAGCAUGUGAGCCACAAUGCAUCAAGCUUCAGACGCUUGUGCAAAGCACUCCUGCUACCAGCCCUCCAUCGGCCACUUGUAUGCCAGCUUGUCAACCAGCCUGUGAACCGUCCUGCAUUCUUACCGCCUUCAUGACUAUGGAAUCGGCGAUCUCACAACCGCUUCAAUGUGUACAAGUUUGUAUGCCAUUAUGCACUCCCCAAUGUAUUCAGAAUAACGCUCAACCAGGACUUGCGCCAUCGGCUCCGCCUUCGACUCAACCGCCGUUGGUAGCACCCUCCCAGCCUGCACAGUGUAUUGCUGCUUGCCAGCCCGCUUGCGAGCCUUCCUGCGUUCAGCAGUCACAGCAGCCAACUGUUAUAAUCACUGUAUCCGAAAAUCAAGUUCAGUGUGUGGAAGCUUGUCGUCCGGCAUGUGAACCGUCAUGCAUCAUGCGUCAAAGUACUGUGCAGGUAUUGAUUUUUUUGAUUUUGAAAGAAAAAAAAACCACAGAAUGUAUAAAUAAGGCGCCAUUAUUCUGA